UGAACUACUUAAUAAAUAUUAAUAAAAUGUCAGACCUCGAUAUGGAUGUUGUUAUGAAGCAAUCCCUUAUUGCUGAAGCUAAGUAUGGCAGCCUAAGUAGAAAAGUUGCUAUUCUCUCUGAAGAUAAGAAGUUCUUCGAUAGUGCAGACUACUUCCUCAAGCAAGCUAUCAUGAUGAAAGUUGCAGGAAUGAAUGCAGAUGAAGACAUUCCUGAAGGCGAUGCUGAGUAGACAGCAUUCCUCCAAAUUCUCUAUAAUAAUUGAUACCUAAAUUAUCUUUUC